CUUUCAUCACGCUAGGUGGGAGAGUGUUCCAAGUAUCUCUUGUCACGUCGCGGCCGGUUUCGUUCGGUGGUACAGGCGCAGGACAAGUGGACGAAAUAAUGCCUUCAUCGCCAAGCGCAAAAAUAUCGGAUAAGACAAGCCAUGACCCUUUGGACGACGCCAAGCUUCUGGAGCGUGCUAGAGAGAGCGUCUCCUCGCUUCAGACUUUGCUCAAGGCUCGAUCGAUUUCCAAGAAAUUAGCACAGAGCGCAUUCGUGCCGCCACUCACAAGAUCUUUAAAAUUGCUAGAACUAGAAGAUUCUUCAUCUCCUGACCGCGGAAGAGAGAGAGACGCUGCAAAUGGGCGGGGUUGCGUUGUCCGCUACGUGGGAGAACCGCGGCAAGUGCUUUCGAUAAACAAGGUUGCGACGCAUGACCCCAAAAGCGACCACGUCUAUGGUGAUGAUGGGAGGUGUCACACUGUUACGCAAAUGCCACUUGUUUACAGUCAGGAGUUGCGGGGAUGGAUAUUGACCGUGCGAGUCGAUAACGUCCGAGAAGAUGGGUAAUGAUAUUUCUCAAGUCGGCAAAUUCAAUUUCAAAUUGUAAUUCAUUCUGUUUAAUGAAAUAUCCUGUCUUUGGUCUUCCUCGGGUCAUCAACGUCAUUGAUGCUAGCAUGCUGGUUGCUGGUCAAUACAUCAACAAAACUUUAACGUCGUUUCCUUUCUUUUCAAACGAUCAUUACGUCGAUAACAGGUUCUGCACGCACGGCGUCACAUUGGGGUUCACACGGGAGACACCAGCCGACUACAGUGCACGAGAAGUCAUUCCGGAUCAGGCAACUCAGCUGAUGGACUUUUGCGGUAUUGGCUUCGACGGUAGGAGUGUUUCCUCCAGUGGUCGCGUGCACGACGAAGCGAUAGGGUUCCAUCCUUCGGUAGACGUACGAUCUGGCGCCAUUGUAAGCGUUUUUCUAAGCAGUGUCACCGGUGAGAUGCGGCUUCUCGUCCUCUACUCUUCCAAGGAGCAAGAGGCUCAUAGUGCUUCAAUAAAAGCGUCCAAGCGGGCAGGGAGUAGACCGCCUGCAAAAAGGCAGAGUCGGUCAGCGAACACUCCAGAGGAAGUUGAGAUUUUGUUGAAGCAUUCUCGACCCAGUACAGAUCCGAACCCCUUCGCUCUGCAGCCAGAAGCGGUUAACUGGUACGGCGUGGUUGAACUGCGAGGGAACUGUCUCCAGGUCUCGCUUUUAGAUUCCACAAUCUAUUUGCGGUCAGCUGAAGUUUCUUGUUACUUUGCCAGUAGAGGUUCCGCUAGUGGCGCAGACAUGCUCGGCCGCGUGAAAAUGAACCGGCAUCAUGCGGAAAAGCGUUUUGCCCGAAUGCUGGAGCUGAACGCCUCUCGGGAAGCAUUCCACUUGUUGCAAGCUCGCGGGAUAGAGUUACAGAAUCCAAAGCAGGCGCGCAACAUCGCCUCCUGGUUCCUGCGGGACGAUGGAGACCACUCGGAAGAAGAAAGUCCUGGUGGCUUCGAAAGGAGCCGCGCAAAGAACAAUACAGGCCGGAAUGUAGCAGGAACCGGAGCAAUGCUGUUUUUCGCCGAUGGCGUAUCGGAAAACAGUGGCAAUGCCGAUGCCAGUGUAUCGUCCGCAUCAUCACCGCAGUCGGAUCCGAACGUAGUUGACCUUUCAGCGUACUUCUUAUAGUUGGAUAACGCACGUGGUCCACCUGUUAAAGAUAAACGACUCUGGUUCUCGUCGUCCCUAUUUAUCUACUCAUCAUCUACUUGCACUUGUGCAUGUACUCGUCCAUCUACUUUUUCACAAAAACAUCUACAGUAAAGCUAUCAUCGUCAUCAUUUACUCGCAAGUAAAAAAGCAUCUACGUACAAUAGACAUCUUCCAGACUGAGAAAAACUGUAAUUUGUCAUUGAGGCCAUUGAGAAUUAGCACGACGAAAACCAGCUCCAGCAGAAUAACGCAGAAGGUGGGCUGCGUCAAUGUCAACGUGAGAAU